AUGCGGUCUCACGACAUGUGCCGUCGGCGAAACGUGUCAGCUGGCAUCGAUGGCACCUGUGAGCCGGGUUGCGACGACUCCACCGAUUGCGCAGGUGGCCUUGUUUGCUUGGAUAUCUUGGGUAUCACCCUGCAAUAUUGCGGUCCUUGCACUAGUAACCUGGAGUGUACAGGCACAGACAGUUGCAUCGCCGGACUAUGUCAACAAGGAUCAGUCUGCUCUCUGGGUUUCCAAUGGGCGUAUUACAAGCUCGCUCAAUCACCCAGUGACCUCACGACAUUGCCGGGGACGAUUCCCUUCCACGACGACGACCCCGUGACGGAUGAGAACUGGCCGCUUUUGCAAUUCCAGGCACGAGUUGCCCUUACCGGCCAGACACCCACGGUCACUGGUCAGACGCAGACUCUGGGUAUUGAUGAGACUUGCCCCCCUGAGGACGCCAUCGUCUAUGGCAUCGACACUGGAAAUAGCAUUGAUUACAGUAUCAUCCAGCACAUCGGAUACUUUGUUCCUGCGCAGGCAGGAAUAUACACUUUCAGUGCCAAUGCCCCUGUUCCCGACCAGAGUCUCUACGUUUGGUUCGGCGACAUUGCUCGGCUAACCUGGAUCAACGCCAACGCAGACCUUAUCGCUGAUGGAGACUCGACCGUCGGAACCAACACCUACCUGAGGGUCGUUGCUCCGGCAGAUGUCGGCGCAUAUAUCCCCAUCCGCAUCCUGUUUGUCAACCCUCAGGAUUGCGGUGAGUUUGAGCUCACUGUCCAGGACCCUCUAGGAAAUGUCAUUGUCUCGCGCGAGGAGCAGACCACGGAUGGAGAGUUCGUGAGCAACUGCCCCGCGGCGAACGACAUUCUAGAUUUGAACUUCGCUCCCCUCAUCGACAUUGGACUCGGCCUUGACGGCCUUGCUGCUAACCUCACUGGCGGAUUGGAUCUGGGUGGCCCUACCAAUCUCACUGGCGGCCUUACCAACCUCACUGGUGGCCUCACCAACCUCACUGGUGGCCUUGGUGGUAUCAACCUCACUGGCGAUGCGAACCUUGGUGGCGGCGGUGGCAUCAACGUCACAGCAGGGGCGGAUCUUGGUGGUCUUGGUAAUCUCACUGGCGAUGUGAACGUUGGCGGCGGUGGCAUCAACGUCACAGCAGGGGCUGGUCUUGGUGGCCUUGGCACCAAUCUGACUGGCGGAUUGCUUGGCGGCCUUACCAAUCUGACUGGCGGCCUUCUUACCAACCUCACUGGCGGAUUGACUGGAGGUGGCAGUUCUUGA